AUGGCAUUUUAUAGCGAGCAACUAUCAGUAAACAAAAAGGCCGAGUUUCUCAGGCCUGAUGCGCUAGAAAAAAUGCGCAGACGAAACGAAGACACCGCGACUAAAACGAACAUGGUAGACAAUGAGUCUUCUCGUUGCUUAUACUCUGCCAAUGUAGACUUCACAGACACGAGCCAUGCAGUGUGAACAAACGAUUGAGGAUGAGUUUCUCAGUCAUCUGAUGCAGAUUCUAUCCUAGUAACAUAAACUGUAUCUCGUCGGUUUAAACAGUUGAAAUCCGAAUCCAUUACCUACGGAACACAGCAAAAGACGCAGUCCCUUUAGAUGUGAGCAAAGAAAGCUUGGCAACACACUCGAAAGAGAGCGAAGACUGACCGACGAGACAAAUCUCCCACUAAACCCUCACUCCCAUUACAACGAUUGCCUGAGAUUGGGCUGUUAUCUUACAAGGUAACAUCACCGCGCCCUCAGCCUCUUCAUUGUUUUGCCAAAUGACAAAAAUAGACAAGAGAAUUUAAAUAAGAUAAUAUGAUGUGCUUCGCACCCUUUUGAGCGGAGUGUCGAGUAAAAGGUCAGAUGGUGUUCUACUACACAUGAGCAACCAAGCAGGACGUCGGUAAACGUAAGCUCUUAAAUAUGUCACGCAUCACGUGUUUUUGUGAGUGAUUUAGUCAUAGUGAGCGAUAAACUCACCGAUCACAAACUACGAAGCAGUUUUUUUGAAAAAAAGAUUAUACGACGUAAGUAUGUUUAAAAUUUCCGAAGAAAACGUUUCUAAAGACAGCAUGUUACAACCGCCGUCUUACUAGUGACAGUAGUGGUGUUUUUACGAGACAAUCAAAAUGUCUGAAAAGAUUAAUAAUUUUUGGCCUCUUUUGAGACAUUAUUGAUUGCGAGUUAACAAAACGAAACGCGCGCAUGCUGUAAACGCUUUAGCUUAAAACACAACGGGUUCAUAAAAAGUAUUCCUUAAACCUUCUUUUCUUCAGGGUCGUCAUGGAUCUCCGCUUCCUGUUACUGAUCACACUUGGGUUGCUUUGCUCCGUGGGCGCGUUCAACAGUAAGUAGUCGACAGGUCUUUCUUUAGUGUUACGAUUUUCUUAUGAAAAACGAUUUAUAUAUGUAUGUUCUAAGGUGUCUGGGUCUUAAACAGCUGAGAAAAUAGCAAAAACUUCACUAACAUAGCCCGAAUAAUAUAUUAUAACAGUACUAGACUUUUGGAAGCAAAAGAACUGUGAAAAGACAGGAAAAUCAUUUCUUUACAAGUGUUUAUAUCCACACGGAAAUAAUUAUUGUAAAUGGAUAUUUUGUAAACAGUCUCUAGAGCUGCAUAACAGUCGCAAAGAAAUAUCAUUAUCACCAUAUUUGUUGCAGCCAAAAGGCAACUGGGAGCAGCGGGAGCAAUGGGACCAAUGGGACCACCGGGGAUAUUAGGAGCAAGGGGCCCUAUGGGUGAUCCCGGACCGCCAGGACCCCCUGGAGCUCCCGGACCUCCUGGACAACCCGCCCCACCCGGCCCACCAAACGGCUGCUGUCCCGUUUAUGGGAAAAAGUGAAGAAAUGAAAUGGAAAAGACCUUUUGUGUUCUAAACCGUUCCCUUUAAGUUUCUUGUAAUUUCAAAUUGAAAAGCAAUAAACUGAAGAACAUUUUGAACAAGACUGGAACAUUUCCUUAGAUUUUGUUCAUGACAAUCAGACUCUUGCUAAAUUAAUCUGCCAGAUAACGAAAUUUUUGAAACUCUCAGAAUACUACGAUGUCAACAAAUGGAGAACCAAAGAAAUCUCUCGGAGAAUAAGACAACAGAAACCGAAAGAACUAAUAAUAAUCAAUAACUGGGAUUCCAGAAGAGUUGUAACUUAGUUCUACAGACGUCUAACCAUUAACACGAACGUUCAACGGAAUUUCCAUGAACGACAGAAAACAGCGACAGACUAGGGGAUAACCGACAAACCGAAACCCUGGAACACUGCGGUCCUCUAUUUCGAGUACGGGUAAGAUCGCCUUGGUCAAGCGGCACAGCAAACCUCUAACGAAUUCUGAUCCUUCCACCAUCUCUAUCAUUCUUGUCAUCUGUAUUAGCGUCAAUUUACUCUUCCUCGGCCAUCGCGGUUUUGGGUUACCUAUUCUUCAUGUGGUACUGCAGUUCUCUUACACUGUAACCAGUAUCCGGUGUAUCAUCCGACAGACAUUUAACGUUUCCUCUGUGUCAUUUGCCAAAAGAGGACGCGAUUUAUACAUUUUCAAGACGCGCAAUAAAAGUUAGCCUUGUUUUUUGGACCAAACUAGAAGCAGGCAUGCACUGGCUCAAGUAAAACCCGUUGUAGUCUAGCCAGCAGCCGUAUAAGUGCCUAACAUUGAAGGCUACUUCAGAAGCCUAAUGGUAUUCGUGUUUCAGGCGAUCAGAUUGAUUUUUAAGGUUUGUUUUGCACUGCCGCGGCAUUACCUAGUGCGCAUAACAUUGCGACUGCAAAGGUAGCGAUAAUUUUCCCCGGUCGCCUAAAAAGAGGUAAUUAUGGACCCUAUUGUAGUCCUAAUCCUUUCAAUGGCGAUUUUGAUAAUUCCGCCGGGCUAAGAAGGUGUUUGUCUUCAAACUCGCCCCAUUCCUCUCGCCCAAAACGAUCAUUUGAAGCCGGUGGAAAUUAUCCCUUUGUUGCCGUUUUGCUAUGAAAAGAGAACGGUGACCCCCUUUUUUGCUUGUGUUUUUUACUCGUUAUGGCCACAAAAAAUAUCUAUAUAUAUUAGGGAGAAAAAUAUCUGGAUAGUAGAAGUUGUAUUUUUUAUAGUGAAUGACGUGAAUUUCCGCAAUUAGAGCCACAGAGAGGUACGAGAUGAUGAUAAAACUGUCCAUUUCUCUGCAGUUUUUCAAGAUCUGGUAAUUUGAGGUCUCUUAACUGAAAAAAAUAUAGCCCGACAAACAAGUGAUCUGAUAGGUUUUAGUAAGAUUCAUAGUUUUUGCUAUAAAAUAUGAAUUUUUGACGGUUAUUUAAGUUUCGAACACUUCGCGGAACUGGAAAAAUCACUCAGAAUUACAGGCACACAAGACGAAAACAAGCACGGCGACCUCAUCUUUUUAAUGCAGUUUUUUGAAUGUUCUAUAUAUAGCUGACAUUUGUGCCAAGUUUGAAAAAAAUCUGCACAGUGCAUAAUUUUCAAGGGAAUUACCUUAACGCUGUUUAAGUGGUUUAAAUUGCCGUCCAUUAUUAUUUGAAAGCUGCACAAUAUGCGGAUAGCCCUAGUCGCCAAGCCAGUUUUAAUAAUGCAGAUGCUUCGAGGCAACAAAGGAUAAAGACGAGAUUUCUUUUGUUAUUGUUAUAUUUCAAAAACUGAGAAUACAAUGACCAAUCAAAGUUCAAAUUUGCCUUCGUUCACGCGCAUGCGCACGUCAAUAAACAGGCGAUGUUGUAAGGGCCGAUCAGAAACAAGAUCGUAGUUUCAAACAAAAAGCAAUCGGCCGCGAUAACUUAAAGAGACAGAAGGUAUUAAAAAGCGAAAAACAAAAAUAAGAAGCUUAGUUAGGAUAAAGAGAUUGUCGUUUUAAACAAAGAACAAUCGGCCGCGAUAAGUUACAGGGACAGCAGGCCUUUAACGCAAAAUUAAAAAUUACGAAGCCUAAUUUGAAUAGUUUGAAACAAAAAUAUAGCCUGGAGAUCGAGAAAAAAAGUUAUAAAUUCAAUUAUGGUUUCUGCUGCUAAAAUGAAAAAUGCCGUCUGAUGCUCUGAGUCCACUCAAGUGUUACGGAACAAUCCCUUAGCCGGAACCUUUCUUGGUCUUUAAGAGCUUUUAUUAUACUACCUUCUUGAAUGAGCAAAAUUUCUCUUGUUCUUUUGUCUUGUAAUGGACGAUCCUUAUAGUUAAGGUCAAAUGCAAUUGAUGUUGCAUUUUGCGUAAAGCCCUUUGGCCAUAACACUGUUUGGUUCCUGCUUUACCAUACACUUUCUCUUCCGUCCAUAAAAAAUUCAACACGAGAAACUGAUGAGAACAAUGGAUAACAACCGGUACCGUAAAAAACCGGUCAAUAACCAAAUGUUUAUUCUUACAUCAUGAGUAAAUAAUGAAGCUUGUUCUCUUGUCCUGCUUUCACAGCUUCGUAGAAUCAAUAACGAACGGCUGUGUUUCUACAGACAAAAGAAAGAGCUGUCGAACAUGAGGUACGAACUUCAUUUCUUGGUAAUUUUAGAGACUUAGUUAUUAGCAGUUAGGUUUUCAUUUGAAUUUUGACUCUUCAACCAGAAGAGGUUAAAACUGUGUGAGUAGGCAAAAAAAUUGAAACUCUUUAAGAUCAUGAACCAUAACGUGAACGAGCCAAAACAAUUUUAACCACAAUCCAUAGUUCUCUCAAAUCAUGAUCACUAAGGAAAAAUGUACCAUUUGUUUAUUCAUUUUUCAGGAAGAUGGGGCUUAGAUAUUUCACAGUUUUGGUCCUCCUCGGGCUUGCCCUUGUGGACGCUAAGUCGCUUAAAGGUAAGCCAGCCUUGUUGGAUGUCGUGAAAUGUGUUCAUUCGCCGUAGGGUAGUAAAAGUAAUAUCCAGUGCAGUGAUGAAUUUUACACAAGGGGCAUUUUUGUUAUGUGCUCGAGAACUCAUAUGCAGUCCUUGGCUUGUAAAGUGUGUGAUUUCAAGUUUAGAGGGGGCUUGUUUCUUUUACGGUUGGAUAGACUGAAAAAGUUAAUAUUUUAUUCCCUAGAACAGUCAAGCUAAAUUGAACAAUAAGCUAGUUUGUAGUCCACAAAAAAGGAUCCCCGUUUCUUCCCAGGUUCACUGAAAUUGAUAUUUGACAAUAAAGGAAUCACGUACUUAAUUUCAGGAAUUCGAAGCUGGUCAGAAAAAGGACUGUUGCCAAGGAGUAAAAACCACAUUUCCCCAGUGAUGUCCACAUUCUGUGUCGUAAAGCGUAACAGUACAGAUUUAGAAUUCGUAUAUGUUCCAAGUGACUCAUUAUUUUCAUUUCGCUAUACGUUUACAGAAUUCCAGUUAUGGUACAUUCGAAAGAUCAAUUACUCUAAAAAUACUAGCAUUAAUCAUCAAAACUAAAUACAAAUCGUGCCCAUAUAUCCUUAUCGCACAACAGAGAAAUCAGGAAAGGUUGUUUAAGGAACUCAAUAAAGUCUAAGUUGGUUCAAAUCCUAAAUGUCAGUUCUGGGUUAACUACAUCUUAUAUACCUGGCCAUUGUUCAAAAGAUGGAUAGCACUAUCCAUCGGAUAAAUCGCUGUCCAUCGGAUAGUUAUUGGGGAAACCAAUUGCGCUAUUCAGUGGAUAGUAAUUUAUUCAGUACAUAGCGCUAUCCACCUUUCGAACAAUUGGCGCCUGUAGUAUAGGUGUACAUUUAGUGACUCUGGGAACCCAUUCAAGAAACAAGCAUCUUGCCCUGCAAAAUGCUAGAAUCGUUCGACUUCUUAGAAGACCUCUCGUCUUCAAAGUCAUUAGGAUCACUCUCUAAUAGCCGUUGUUUUUCUCCACAUCUAGAAAAACAACUCAAGAAAUCCCAUCACGGUAAGCUUCUAAAAGAUCUAAUUUCUGCAAGAAUUCAUCCGACAGGUAAUAGAAAAGAUUCACUUAAUGUUUCACAGAUUUGGUCCAUACAUGAAGAUUACGACAAUUCCAACACGUGACGGUUUGUACGACUUGUUUAGCAAGACGACUUCUUCUUUCCACACUAUCUCACUACAUACGAUCUAACUGUAAAAACGGAGAUUGCAUGUCAUACUAAAUACGAUCUCACUUAAAAAACUGAAAGACAGUACAUGUUGACAGUAAUUUCUAGGCCUUUGUACAAAUAGUUUCUGGAAAUGCCAGCCAAAGAGAAACCACGACAUUUUUUAACCAUGGCAUAACUGCAAUGAGUUGAAAAGUCCUAACUGAUGUGCUAUACUCUUUCGCCGAUUAGAGUUGAUAUUUAACACCUUUAUUACCUAAUAACAGAGGAUCGCCUACUGAAAUAUUAGUUGUCAUACUUAAUGUAUUGUGGUAUGAAGCUGAUACUACAUGUAACAAUGUGCCAAGUAACAUAAGUAUUCUAGUAAUAUUAGUGUCGUGGAAGCGCACAAACUUCCUCAACUUUAGACUGAAGCAACCUAACUACGAUAGACAUUGUGAUAUCAUAAUUUACGUAAGUCUCCUUUUAAUCAGCACAGUUUACUCGAACUGAACGGACACUCCAUAGUAACUGAUCACGAGUGUCACUUAACUUUGUUUAAUAUGUCUCGAGAAUAAAAACACUCAAUAUUACAGGUGCUUACAAGAUGAGAAAACAAGGAAAAACGACAAAAAAAAAACCACGCUGAUUCUCAUACUGAUCUUUUCUUUCUUUAACAAAAUAUUUCUCGGUCUUGAUUUGCUUUCUUUAACUUCUAACAACAGAGGAAAAGAAGAAUGAUGAACCACCUCCUACAGACGAAGUUGCGGACGAUGCUUCAGGAAGUGCUGGUAAGUGGUAUCCCUGUGAUUAUGUAAGAGAAGUUUUCGCACCGUAACGCAUUCUGAUUUAAACCAAGUAGAAGAGAAUUAUCUUGAAUAAAAAGAUUCUGGGCUUUUCAAAUAGACUAUGAGUAAUAGCCGACAUCCAAAUUAUAGGGUAAUGGAAUCAAUUUAGGUUUCUGGGAAACUGCCCACCUACCCCUCCCCUAAGCCAGAGAGGUUGACUUGUUAAAGUAAAAUGAGUAACGUGUGUUGCCGGGUCUCGUGUGGAAGCAAUUGAUGGACCACAAUACAACACGAGCAGUAUAUCCGGGUUUGUAUCAAAUUGUUAGCAUCUGAACUGUGUGGGUUUUACAAAUUUCGGGCAUAGAUAAAAUGUAAAGUUAUAUUAACCAUCUACAAUAAUUAUUUCUUUUACUAUAAUUGCAUCUGCCUGGUGGAGUUUAUGAAAAAUGUUUUGCCAUGGCUAAUCAAAUUCAGGUUUCACACGAUAUCAUACGUUGAAAGACAUGAUUGGCCACAUCAAGUUUUAGCUUGAAAAACGAAAUACAAGACACAAAUUUUCAUCUGAAAGAAUCACAAAUGAUAAAUAUACGAAUUCCACAUAUUUGAACUGCGGGAUGAGGAAAUAAUGCAGCAGAGAAGAUCAUCACAAUUAAAUACCCAACUUAUGCAGCGCAGUUGCGCAAAGAACCUAAAAAGAAAUUCAGGUUAGCCGGAUUCGAACCAUGACCUCUGCGAUACUAGUGCAGCGCUAGCACUCUAACCAAUUGAGCUAGCAAGCCUACUGGGAGCUGGUCGUUAAAUCACAUGUAAUCAGUUGGCACUCUGGCGCUAAAAAGUCUUAUUUUAAUAUUUUCAUAGGUGGCGAAUCUGGAAGUGCAGAAGAAUCUGGUGGUAAGUACUUGUUUUUUUGUUGCGCUUAUAAAUUUAACUUCAUUUUGCACUUAUGUACGAGAUAACAUGUUUUUAUGGUAGUGACGUCAAAUCCCACGAAAAUAAUCUCAUCCUGGUAAUAACAGAAAAAUGAGUAACAAUGAAGCAAUUUUGAGAAAAAGAAAUAAAAUGAAACAAUUUUUUCACGUCGAUAUAUAGCUGAUUCAAUAAAGGUUACUUUGAGAAUAGCGCGAAGGGAGCUAUUGCUUGGUGGUCAGUCAAGCAAAUCAUGCGUGAGUUCGGUAUGUUAAAAUGCCCAGUGCCCAAUUGCCAAAAGCAAUCUUUUUUGAACUAGGUAUAUAUACGCACUAUGAACUGUCUUUAAAAAUACGAUAUGUUAAUGUUUAUCGCAUGUGUCAAACGCUGUUUCGUAUGUCCGCUCCUGGUAUGUCCCAAAAAGGCUUCGUUUUUGCACACAUAGGUUAUUGUCAUUUGCGUUUGAUGCGGCUUCAUAUUCUAACUGAAAUUUUACAUUUCCUUUUUUUCAGCUCCACCACCAACAGAAGGUGCAGCUCCUCCGCCUCUAGUUGUCCCUACCCCCACUCCCGAGCCACGACUUUGCCCCGCCCCUUGCCCACAGGUCUGCGCACCCGCUUGUAUGGAGAACUGCUGUAGCACACCUGUACCUCCUCCAUGUGCCGGUCCUGCCCCCUGUCCUAUGCCAAUGCCCAUGCCCAUGCCCAUGCCCAUCCCAUGCCCAGCCCAUGCCCAUGCCAGCACCCAUGCCUGUACCCAUGCCAGCACCCUUACCAGUUCCAUCGUGUUGCCAGGCACCUCCCCCACCCCCUCCCCCUCCUCCACCACCACCUCCUCCUUCAGCUCCCCCGGUUGUGCUCUGCGGACAGACCUGUGUAGAUGGCUGUGGACCUCAGUGCCCCCCUCAAUGCUGCAAGCACCACAAGAGAGGAGAACUGAAGAAGGGAGGACGCAAACGACACCACUAGAACGACUUUAUAACCACUCAUAACUCAGCUGUAAAUAGAAUUACAUCAAUUGCACUCUCCUCCAUAAUUAUACACAACGUGAUCAAUGCUGCAUCCUCCGAUCGUAUUUCUGUACUGAAUUGCAUUUUGAUAAGCCAAUUAUUUGCAACAAAUUGUAAAGUAAAUUUUGUGUUCUUUGCAAAGAAAACUACGAAUUGAUUUUAUAGAAUGACUUUAAGGAAUAAAUUUGCGAUGAUUAAAACAUUUUGGCUUAUGUUUCUUUAUACUUUGAAAGAGGCAAUAUAAUGCUAUUUAGAAUCGUCUUUAAAAGAACCCAAAAGAUUUUUAUCAACUCGUUUAAACUCGUGACUUUAUCAUCACUUUUAUCACCAUCAUUUAAUUUUAAACUUUAACCUCCAGUAGUUUCGAUUGGAAUGAACAUAGAAAUAUCCAAAUUUUGUUUUGUUAUACUCUUAACCCACGAAUUAAACGAGCCAAAGUGGACGCCUUCCUUCUUAGACAACUUCAACGGAUGGUUUUAGACAGCAUGGUAGAGCCUCUUUGACUAGCGUCUUUUUUCUGCUCCAAGGCUUCCUAUCUUUAACUUCUCACUCAGCUUUCUAAGCUUGUAUAUUUGACAACAACAAAAUGCAAACUGAAAAGUCGAAAAAGCCAAAGAAAGAGAAAUGAAGCACAAAUUUAGGAGAUUGAGUUAAAGCUCGGAAGCCUUGAAGUGUUUAUAAGCUUCCGUAAAUUGAAAACAAAUUUUACAUUUAAGUUAACAAGUUGCUUCUCUUUUUGGCCAAAAAGGUCAACUUUUGGAAACUUGCUGUUGUCAAAAAUGCAAGCUAAUCUUUUCCUUCUUCUGUUUUUCUAUAGUUUCACCAGAACCAACCACAAAAGCACUACCAUAUAAGGUAGUUGGUCCGCUGGGAGGCCACCCACAUCCGGGACCUCCAUCGGCGAGCAAUCCUUGUCCACAACCUCGAUACUGUGAUCCCGCCAGAUGCAAGGAUCCAAUUGGUUGUGCCCCUUCAUGUUCAGAUAUCUGUUGUGCGGACAUUCUUAUACCACCCCGAACCCCCAGUAGGAUCCGGAGCAGGUCCAUGCCCCCAGACAUGUGCACCAAAUUACCUCCCUGA